AUGGACCUUCCCUACGAGCUAUGUCGCGAGAUAAUCUCCUACCUGUCCCCGCGAGACCUACAUAGUCUCAAUGUGCCUAGCCUCCAAAGAUUCCUUGAGAUUUCGCGCGACCCAGUACUCGCCCCGCUGGUCCGCACAUUCAAGUACCCCACCGACGUCGGCAUGAUGAUCGCCGACACCAGUGGGAACCCCCACGGGCACCCGUUCCCACAUGAGCAGAGCAUGUUCUGCUGGGGCAACGACAAAUACAUGGAGGUGGAGCUCGUGCAGGAGGCCUCGGAGGAGGAGCUGCAGCUAGCUCCUGACCAUGAGAGGAUUCUCAAGGAAGCGGUGCGGAACCUGCCUAACCUUGAGGCGUUGAAUCUACAGUUGGGUAUCUUCAACGUGGAUAGGCGGCUGUGGACAUUGGUAACCGAUUCCAUGGAUAUGGAAGCAAUUAAGCAAGAUAAAUAUAAAUGGAGACGUACCAUCUGGGGGGCGCCGCUAACACAAGCGCGAGUGGCGCAAAUGCACCGGCGGUCAUUCGUCACGUCGAGGAUAUACUGGAAGUUCCUUGAGAUUCUAUACUACCCCAGAACACCGGUCAAGAUACUCGAUGUGGAGGGCUCGGGGCUCAUCCAGGCUGGAUACCACGAUAGUUGGCAGACAGAUCUCCAGCAGUUAUUCAAGGACAUCACGACCCUCCGCUUCUGCUUCAAAUCAACAGCACCAGCGGAGUCUGUCAACUCGGAGAGAUGCCGCAUUUACCGGGAGGAACCUUGCCGAGAGAAAUUCUUUGGCUCCUAUAUCCCGCUCCAUCUACAUUUCUUCAGAUGCGUUGAGAGGUUGACGAUCAUAAAUGCCAACCCAGAUCCCGCUACGGAAGACAUACAGCCCCCGAGUUUUGAGUUCCUGAUGCGCAUAUCCUCGGAUAGCGAGCUGGUCGUGCAUACAUUUCACCUAGAGGGCGUGCACAUCAACAGUGUGAACUUACUCAGGCUCUGCAAGUAUUGCCACGCAACUCUGAAGAAUUUCUCGAUGCGCCGCAUCUCUCUGCUUGGUGACUGGAGGAGUGUGGUGAGCGAUCUGAAGAAGGGGGAUGUGAAGCUGCGCUUGGAGACGUUUUACAUGCGGGAUUUGUGGGAGGAGUCGGCGGAGGGGGUGAAGAAGAAACUUCCGGCCGAGGUGGUAAGGAAGUUGGUGCACUAUAUGUUGGGCCCGGAGGACAGUGAACUGGUGCUGGAGUAUUGA